GAAGCAACAAUGAAGAGAUUUUUUAGUGAUAUUGCCAAGGAGAAGCCCAUCAUGUUCUCAGCUCAAGAGCUGUCUGGAUGUAGUCAGAAUUACAAAACAAGAUUGGGAUCUGGCGGCUUUGGUAUUGUAUAUAAAGGUCAGUUCCCAAAUGGGGUACCAGUGGCAAUCAAAGUCCUUGACAAAGCUUCAGACGAGCAAGCUAAAGAGCAGUUCAUGGCAGAAGUAAGCACAAUUGGUAGAACUUACCAUGUCAAUUUGGUUAGACUCUAUGGUUUUUGUUUUGAUUCCACAGUGCAAGCUCUAGUCUAUGAGUAUAUGGAUAAGGGGUCCCUUGAUGGUUUAUUGUUCAACAAGAACCAGAGAAUCGAUUGGGAGAAGCUGCACGAAAUAGCAAUUGGGACAGCGAAAGGGAUUGCAUACUUGCAUGAAGAAUGUCAGCAGAGAAUAAUUCACUACGAUAUAAAGCCAGGGAAUAUCCUCCUUGAUGCGGAACUAUUUCCCAAGGUUGCAGAUUUUGGAUUGGCUAAGCUUUCUAAUAGAGAUAGUACCCAUAUAACCAUGACAAAUUAUAGAGGGACACCAGGUUAUGCUGCACCGGAGCUGUACAUGCUAUACCCAGUGACCCAUAAAUGUGAUGUCUAUAGCUUUGGUAUGCUUCUAUUUGAAAUUCUUGGAAGGAGAAAAAACCAUAACCCUAAUCUACGCGAGCCAGAGGAUUGGCUACCAAGAUGGACAUGGGAGAUGUUUGAGCAAGGGAAGCUAAGUGAACUUUUGCAACAUUUUGGGAUUGAAGAGAAUAAUAAAGAGAAGGCAGAGAGGAUGUCAAUGGUGGCCUUGUGGUGUGUUCAAUACUUCCCAGAUUCAAGACCACUUAUGAGCAAUGUGGUGAAAAUGUUGGAGGGAGGAACAGAAAUUAAGCCUCCUCCAAACCCAUUUCAACAUCUAGUGUCUGCUACUCGAAAUUUGACUCCCAGCAUUUCUUAUUAG